CGCAGUGACAGUCAGCUGACAGUUGUGCUCAAGCAGCGGGUGUAACAUCUCAACUGAGGAGACUUUAGCGGGGGAAAAAGGCACUCUGUGUCUUUGCUAAACCCUUAAGUCGUGAAGAACCGGACAGCCGUUAACCUGAGACACGGCCACGUUCUCCCGCCUUCCGCAGGGAUGAGUGUUGGCACUCCAAAAGGCCUUGCCAGCUCUGGGCAGAAGCCCAUCACCGAGAUCCUACACCCGUUGUCCGCCACAGAGGAGCCGCUGUCCCCGGGGCCAGAUGUCACCAUCAACUACACAGGGGACAGGGUACCAUUUCAUCCUCAUAAACUCACGGUUCAGUUCGAUGUGCAGGGGAAAACGACUCCCGACGUCGCGGUCAGCCUGUCGGCGCAGCUCUUUGUUUUUUUUGCAUGUGAGUGUGAUGUCACCAGGGCGUGUCGCGUGUCCCCGCAGGAAGUGGGGCUGACCAACGGCGCGCCAUCUGAGACGCCGAGUCCGGCCUCCGCCUCUCUGCUGCUCAGCCGGCUGCAGCUGGACGACAACCUGGAAGCCGACACCAUGGACCCCUACGCCUCCACAGAGACCCGAGACCUUUUCGUCAUCGUUGACGACCCAAAGAAGCACGUCUCCACCAUGGAGACCUACAUCACCUACAGAGUCUCCACCAAGACGACGCGGAUAGAGUUUGACCUUCCAGAGUACUGCGUUCGGCGGCGCUACCAGGACUUUGACUGGCUGAGGAUAAAGUUAGAGGACAGCCAGCCGACUCACCUCAUCCCCCCCCUGCCUGAGAAGUUCGUGAUGAAGGGUGUGGUCGACCGCUUUUCAGAGGAGUUUGUGGAGACCAGGAUGAAAGCUCUGGACAAGUUCCUGAAGCGAGUUGCGGACCACCCUGUCCUCUCCUUCAACCCGUAUCUUAAUGCUUUUCUGACUGCCAAGGACCUGAACAAGCGUCAAGGUCUGGCCCUGCUGACCAAAGUGGGAGAGUCGGUGAAGAACGUGGCCGGAGGCUACAAGCUGCGGGCACGGCCGCCCGAGUUCUGCGCCAUGGGAGAAUACCUGGACACCUUCAGUCAGAAGCUGGGAACUAUAGACCGCAUCGCUCAGCGGAUCCUCAGGGAGCAGUCAGAGUACCUAACGGAGGUUAGAGAGUACGGCGCGGUGUACUCCAGCUGGGCGGCGUCGGAGGAGGAGCUGCAGCAGCCUCUGGAGGGCGUGGCCGGCAGCGUGACGGCGUGCUGCGGAGCGCUGGAGGAGCUGAGCGACAACAUGAGCCAGGACUUCCUGCCUGUCCUGAGAGAGUACAUUCUCUACAUAGAGUCCAUGAAAAAUGUUUUGAGGAAGCGAGACCUGAGUCAAGCGGAGUAUGAGGGCCGUCUAGAAGCAGCCAUAUUACGCAGACAAGAGGACAAAAUGCCCAUGCCCGCAGAGGUAGAGAAAUGCCAGGACAAAGUGGAGUGUUUCAAUGCGGACCUGAAAGCAGACUGGGAGCGCUGGCAAAGAAACAAGAGACAAGAUUUCAAACAGCUUCUCAUCGGAAUGGCCGACAAAAAUAUCAACCAUUAUGAAAAGUGCCAGGCAGCAUGGGAAUCACUCAUAACUGUUCUUCAGGACAAACAGACCGAGGACAACACAAGUGACACGAACUGAUGCCGAGUCCUCGGGUCUCAGCCCUCAUCGAUCUGUGUCUGUACAACACACUUUGUCAUGCCAAGGAAAAAGACCAAACGGGGCCAGAGAUUUUAACUGCUGAGCUUCGCCCCCUGUUCUCCCGUCAGACGAUUGUAUGGAGAGAGGUCGUCUCAUACUCAGACGAUCCUCUUGAAAGAAGGUAACGUGGGGUAAAUAUUGAAAGUCCGCUGGGAGAGAAGAUUAACUUAUGUACUUUUUUUUUUUUGCUGCCGUUCCUAUGAGCAUUUUCUACUUCAUGUUUCCAAUUAAGAGUUGGUUACUAAUGCUGCUUGUUUUUAUCCAACCACAAUCUUGGAAAUAUGGAUUAUCGAUAUGGAUAUCCAUCUUUACAUUGAGCUAAAUACGAAGGAUGAACUGUCGUGCACGGGUAUGAAGUAUCUUAAGUUUAAGUAUUCAGAGCUUUAUUUUUCUCCACUGCCAGCUGCAAAAGCAAGACAAAAAAUGUAAUGCCAAGACACACAGUGACGCCAGAAAAGAUUGAUUUGAGUCUCAAAUCUGUCGUUUUUGGCUGAUAGAAGUCAAACUUUGAGAGUAUCCAUCCUUAUCCUUAUUAUUUUUGCUUGAUUCACUCCAUACUUUCCACAUAUUCUUUUACCUCUAACUCUUUUUCAGCAGUUCAUAAACUUAAUAUCUUUUCUUCUCCUCCAACCGUUGUGAAGAAAAGAAAUAGCUAGCAGAGACUUGAAACAUGCUGCGGUUUCUUAAGUGUUUGAGCACUGAGGGCAGAAGGACGUAGAUGUUGUCAAGAUUAAAGCCAACUGGUUUUUCAAAGAGAAACUUAAAGAAUGUACAGCUAGUUUUUCCUCCCUGUCAAAAGAGUCAAAAUGGUUCCAAGUUGCGUUUAAGCUUGACGACAAAAUAAAACUGUGCCUGAACUAAAUGUUCUGGUCGAUCAGGGCGGCGAGGGGAUGGAUGGUCAGCGCAAACACAGAGAGGAGCUCUAAUGAAGUGUUUUAUACCGGGCAGAGCAGCAGCUCCACCAUGUGGCUGAGCUCUGCACAGUUUCCACAUUCUUUUGAAACGUCUUUGUUGGUGUCUCUUGAAAAAAAACACUUGCCACCCUCUACAAGCUGGGAUUCCACUUCAUGUCCUCAGGCAAAAAAAAAAAACUUACCAGGGAUGUAAAGGGCAGGAGAAAUAAAAUAAUACAUCGGUACUUUUGUUAUUUCUGCUCGACACACAGGAAAAUGUUUAUCCUCUCUGCCACGAUGACGUCUCAUUCACAAAGUGUUCCCUUGUAAGGAAAGUAAUUCCCCAACAUCUGUCUAGAUGUAAGCUGGUUUAUGUCUUUUUACCGUGUUCCCAUGACUGGCUACUGAGUACAGAGCAACAGAAAUGACCGAGUAUGUGAAUCAAAGGGAUUUUGGGGAAAAAGAGGAAAUUUAAGUUGCAUAUUAAGAGGAAAAAGUUAAGCAUGAGACCAGCUGAGUCGGUAAUUAGUUCAGUCAUGUGACAGAGCAGUUUGUUGUCGUUUCCCUAAUGUGAUGGGAAACGUUCUAACAGGACGGGCUAGUGGCAGCCAUCAGUUUCCUUUUUCUGACUUUAUCCCCAAAGUCUCUCUCAGCCACCGGAAGAUGAAGUCCCUGUCAGGAAGAAUAUGUUUUUUUUUUCUUAAACUCCUCUAUUUUUCAGUUGUUUCUUAUUGUAUUGUUGUUGUUGUUUUUCCAAAGUGAUGCCAUACUUUUAAAACUGCCGUUGAUACAACCAAACCUAAAGCGAGAUUUCAUGUCUGUAGCAGCUUGUAAUCUUUAAUUUCCUUUUUUUUUUAAAUAUCUGUUUGUCUUUCAUGAUUCCCCCUGCGCUUUACAAAAAAAAGG